GCUCUCAGCAGCAUCAUCCCAAACACCAGAGCUGCAAUCCAAACGACAGCAACGACGAAAACGCCUGUACCGACUUCCAACACGGUUGAUGUGUUUAUGGGAAUUACCAUUCUCAUGGAGCCCCACGCGUAGAUUGCCGUAUUUCCCAUGGACACUGGAAGGCAUCAGCAGCCCGGGGUUGGGAAAACGGGGAGCGGGAUGGAGAUGGAGGUGGGAGGGGCCUGGCAUGGCUGACGUCACCGGCUGUGUGGAGGAGUAUAGGCUGUGCUGUCAGCCCAGUGUCAGUCUGAUGAAGAUUGGCAUGCAGGCUUUGUGUGGAGAGUUGGAUACUGGGCCACGGAGCGAACACAAAACUGAAAGCUGCUGUGUUGCUGUGGGCAAGCUAACUUCUCAAUGUGAAGCUAUCCCAUGAUGCAACAUGUGUCCCCAGCACCUGCAGUGACAAUGAUGGCCACCACCCAGAGCGUUCCUCCACCAUCGUACCAGGAGAGCCAACAGAUGACGGGCACCACUCAGCAGAACACCAAGACCCCACAGGUCCAUAUCCCAGCAGCCUCUGCAGCAGGAAAUACCUCUGUCAGUGUGACCCUUGACCCCCAGGCCCAGCUUGAGUCUGACAAGAGAGCUGUUUACAGACAUCCAUUGUUCCCCCUGCUCGCGUUGUUGUUUGAGAAAUGUGAGCAGGCCACACAGGGAUCUGAAUGCAUCACAUCAGCCAGCUUUGAUGUGGACAUUGAAAACUUUGUGCACCAGCAGGAGCGAGAUCACAAGCCCUUCUUCAGUGAAGAUCCAGAGCUGGACAACUUGAUGGUAAAGGCCAUUCAGGUGUUGCGGAUCCACCUACUGGAGUUAGAGAAGGUCAAUGAGCUCUGUAAGGAUUUCUGCAACCGCUACAUCACCUGCCUCAAGACCAAGAUGCACAGCGACAACCUCCUUCGUAAUGACCUCGGAGGACCCUAUUCUCCAACACACACCAGUCUCAGCAUGCAGCAGGAACUAAUUCAGACCUCCUCUCCAUCCAUGACCUCUGUCUCCAGCUCUGUUAACCCUUCAGGGAUUGUGGUGCCCGCCGGGGGUCUGCAACAGGGCAAUGUCGCCAUGACUACCAUCAACUCUCAAGUGGUAUCAGGUGGGACCCUGUACCAGCCGGUUGCCAUGGUGACAUCGCAAGGGCAAGUGUUAACACAGGCGCUGCCGCCGGGAACCAUACAGAUCCAGAACUCACAGCUAAACGUGGACCUGUCGUCCCUGUUGGACAGCGAAGACAAGAAGUCCAAGAAUAAGAGGGGGGUCCUGCCCAAACAGGCCACCAACAUCAUGCGCUCCUGGCUCUUUCAGCAUCUCAUGCACCCAUACCCAACAGAAGAUGAGAAAAGGCAGAUUGCAGCACAAACAAGUCUAACCCUUUUGCAAGUCAACAACUGGUUCAUCAACGCUCGUCGGCGUAUUCUCCAGCCUAUGUUGGAUGCCAGUAACCCUGACCCAGCUCCCAAAGCGAAGAAGAUGAAGUCCCAGCACCGUCCCACACAGCGCUUCUGGCCCGACUCCAUCGUGGCUGGAGUUCUGCAGACGCACAGAUCUCAAACAGGAAACAACUCAGACAACCCGCUGAGCAUGGACAGCCUCCAGUCGCUGUCGUCAGACUCAGCCACCCUGGCCAUGCAGCAGGCAAUGCUGGGAGCUGACGACUCCAUGGACGGCACAGAGGAGGAGGACGAAGAGGAGGAGGAGGAGGAAGAAGAGGAAGGAAUGGAAGAGGAGGAAGAGGAGGAGGGAGAAGAGGAAAAUGACAGGGGAAGGCAGAUGUCUGGUGGAGGAGGCGGAAGGAGAGAUCUGAGCAUGGAGCACAGAGAGGAACUGGAGUACUUCCUUGAGGAGCUAAAAGAAAGGGAGGGAAAAAAGCCACACUUGCACCUGCUACUACACUCACCCCUCCUGCUUCAGUUGCCUCCGGCUCUGGUGUUCAAAAUGUCCAUCGCCCAGGCGGCGGCCAAGGCCAUGCUAUCUGAUGCCCUGCUGCAGGACGGCUCCGGGUUAAACCGGAUCAACCACCUGGAGCUGGAGCUUCCUCUGGACAAGGUCAUCAAGUUUGUGUCUGUCGGCCUUCCACUGGUACUGGUCUGCAUGGCCUUCGCCCGCGAGGUCUCCUUGGGGCCUCAGAUCAGCUGUUUCCCUCCCAGCAAUUUCACCAUCAAGCAGGCCAGCUAUGUAGACACAUACUGCUGGGACUCUCUCAUGCAUCAUGAGUUUGACAACGAUGGGAACUUUGAGGAGCGCUCUCUCUGGGUACACAAAAUGUUCCCUUACUCGCUUCUGGCCAUGGCGGUGCUGAUGUACCUGCCGGCUCUGAUCUGGCGCCAGCUCGUCAUGCCCACACUAAGCUCAGACCUGCUCUUCAUAAUUGACGAACUAGACCAGUCGUACAACCGCUCGAUCCGAAUGGCCCAGAACAUUCUGGAUAUGCGCCAGAUCACUAAGAACCCACUCACAUUUCAGGCUGAGCUGCAGAGGGCCAAGAAGAAGCGAUACUUUGAGUACCCUCUACUGGAGAGAUACAUGCAGUGCAAACAAAACUCCUACUUCCUUGUUAGCAUGCUUUUCUUGCGUGGCUUCCUCCUUCUGACCUUCAUGACAGCUGCCUGUCUCUACCUCGCCUACUUCCAUCUCUCUGCCUUCCUGCAGGACGAGUUCAGCUGUUUUGUCCGCACAGGCAUGCUGCGUGAUCAGAACUGGGUUCCUGAACUGGUUCAGUGUAAAAUGAUUGGCCAGUUGGUCUUUCAGGUGAUAAGUGUUGCCAACGGGGCCAUCUAUGUCCUGCUGGCACCCAUCGUCCUCUUCAGCCUGAUACGGCUCUUUGUUUGGGACACCACCUUCAUCUCUGUCUAUGAGCUUCUUCCAGCCCUGGAUCUCAUCAACCGCCGUCGUCUAGGAUGCCCUCUGAAUGACCUCAAUGUGCUACUGCUCUUCCUGCGUGCCAAUGUUGCGCACCUGAAGUCCUACGGGAAAGUGAGGGCAUUGUGCUCACUGGCGCCGCCGCAGGUUGGCAACACCACCCCAGGGCAGGGCUUAAACGCAAUGCUGAGCCAAGAAGAGAUGGAAGAACGUGAAGAGGCUGCUAUGGAGCUGGCAGAAGAGGUGGAGGAAGCCAAGGAGGAAGGGAAGCUCAACCUGGUGGAUAUCAUGACUAUUCUGGGAGCAGCACAAGGAAGAGUAGUAAACUGCAGCGAGCAGAGGCCUUUGGUGGAGGAGAAUAUGAGUCUCGAGCCAAACCACCAGGGGUACCAUGAGUUGAAGGAGACUGCACCAUUUAGUCAUUACUAGGCCUCCUAUGGACUGAAUCAAUGUGAUAACAAUGGGGGGUGGGGGUGGGGGUGGACUCUCUAGAAUAGAUUUUAAAGAGUAUUGUACCCACAAAGACUGUGGACACCAAUCAAGGGUUUCUGCUGUCUGAAGACAAAAAAAGCCUCUUUUAGAAUUACAGGGUAAAUUGUUCUGGCUGGAAAUGUCAAUGGAUGUGAUGUUCAGUUUUCAGCCUCCAUGCAUCAGUAGUUGCCACAGACUUUCUGUCUGUCUCUUAGCUCUAUUCCAUGUCUUUUUGAAGAAGUCGGUGAUGGCAAGUAGUCACAGGAAAGCAUGCAAGUCAAAGUGGCUCUUUCAAUGAAGUAUGAACAAAAUUUCAUCGUGACUUGUGCAUUCGUUAGAAAUAUGAGUUCUGAAAAUAUGAAAGUGUGUAAAUGGAGAAAGAGAAAAACACUGUUAGUGGCAACUAUGGACACCAGUGUCAGUAAUUUAGAUGAAGGUAAGCUUAGUGAAUAUUGUAAUUGUUGUACUUGCUUUCUUUUUUGCCUCCUUCUAUUGUUAUUUACUUUAUCAGCAGAUAAAAUAUGUUUUUAUCUUUCUGUUAUGGAAAAGUGUAUUCUAUGUAAUUCUAAA